AUGAUUAUAUUAAAUAUUUUCAAAAUAAAAAUAUCUAAAUUACUUAAUAAAUCAUCAUUAUAUAAAGGAGCACAAUAUAUGAUUAAAAGUCAAGUUGCUCUACAAAAAUAUCAAUUUAAAAUAAAUCGAUCAAUACAAUUUCAUUUUGAUUUAGUCAAUAAAACUAAACAAUAUCUACAUGUAUUUACAUUGGAUUAUCCAUCUCAACUUGAACUAAUACUUGAUAUAUUUCAAUACGAUAAGGAAUAUGAACUAUACGAACAAAUUCAAAAGAAAAUUCUUACUAAACAAACUAUUAAUGAUGAUAAAUCGGUUAUUUGUUGUAUUCGUUUAACUGAAGAAGAUUUAACAUUGUCAUCAGGUAUUUGUAUUAAUAAUUUAUUCUUAGAAUUAUUCGAAUAUCUUGGUUUAGAUGAACUCAACUAUCAAUUACGAGAUCCAUAA